AUGUAUAGAAUAUGGUACCUGCGUUCCACCAAAGCUGCAGCGAGGUUGUUGGCGAAUGGGGACAAGUUAGUCUCGGAUAAAGGGUCAUCAUGUGAGGUGGACGUUUGGCCUUCGCUUGUGAGUAUGACGGCAGAUGUGAUCUCUCGUACUGCUUUUGGCAGUAGUUACAAAGAAGGGCAGAGGAUAUUUGAGCUCCAAGCGGAACUAUCACAGCUCAUCAUAUCAUCAGUACAGGAGCUUUCAUCCCUGGAUAUAGAUGGGCUGAACCAGCUCAAAGUUAUGACAAUGAUAUUCUAUGAAGUCUUAAGGCUAUAUCCUCCAGUAACCCAACUGACCCGAGCCAUUCACAAAGAGGUUAAGCUAGGCGACCUGACGCUACCAAGCGGCGUUCAGAUAAGUCUACCUAUUAUGUUAGUCCACCGCGACACAGAGCUGUGGGGCACCGAUGCAGCGGAAUUCAAGCCUGAGAGAUUCAAAGAUGGUAUCUCAAAGCAACAAAGAGCCAAGUCUCUUUCUUUCCCUUUGCGUGGGGACCAAGGAUAUGCAUUGGACAGAACUUUACCAUGUUGGAGGCAAAGAUGGCAAUGGCUUUGUUUCUACAGAGAUUCUCCUUGGAGCUAUCUCCUACAUAUGUUCAUGCGCCUUACUCAGUCUUCACUACUCAUCCACAGUUUGGUGCUCAUCUUAUCAUGCACAAGCUAUAAUUAUAUUCCAUAA